AUGAAAUCAGCUCGUAUAAUACUGCUUCAAAUCUGCUUAGCCGUGAACAUUCACAUUACGUCGCAAUGUCCGUACACGGGUCAAGAUGUGAAGGCUGCAUACAAAUCUGGAGAGAUGCAAGACCAAACCAUGCCCAUUACAAUGGACACGAUUAAAAAGAAACUGAAAGACGCCAUGAUCUUCGACUGGGAAGACCCUACGCUCAAUGAGAGAGAGAAGAAAGAACUAAGCAAGUUGUUCGAUGCGGUCGAAAUUAUGACAGCAUCCCGAAGCCGUCAGCCGUCCAAUGUGCAGAGCAUGUUCGCGUCACUACGUCUGGUCGAACGGGCGGUAAAGAAGCAGCUCAAGGAGGGGCAGAUAUCGGAGUCUUUGGCUUCCAAAUUUAAAUGGGAGAAACUUUCAAGCCGUCAAAAGAGGGAGAAACCAAUGUACCAAUUAGAUAAACGAACGAACAUGCGAGUUUUCAACCUUGAACCAUAG